UCAGAGAUAAAUUGUCCAGACUAAUGUUUGAAGUACUGCUCUCGCAACAAUGAAGGUUCUGACGAUUUUCUGUUUGAUUUUUACGAUUAAUGCUGACGAAGUUGCAGACAUCUUGUUCUCGACAAAUCUUGAAGAGUUACAGAAUGUGCCUAUAUAUUUCGACAAACCGUUACCGUCAUGGCUUAAAGGAACUAUGAUGAGAAAUGGCGUAGGGCGCUUUGAAAUUGGUAAUAGAAAAUACACAAACGCACUAGAUGGGUUUGCCAAACUUGCCAGCUGGAGGUUCCCUGGAAAUGGUUCAGCAUACUACAGCACGAGGAUGGUUUAUUCCGACUCAUACAACCUAUCUUUGGCUACAAAUGACAUUGCACCAUAUUUAAUGCUUGAUGAAGUUGUACCACCAUUUGAUAUUGUAAAAGAACUGGAAUCUUUCAAGAAUGGUCCAGAUAACAUGGACGUAAACAUAUUCAACUUUGGCGGCAAGGGAAUAGAUUUUGUUAUUGUGAGCGACUACUGGAAUUUGUACACGAUUGACCCUUAUUCUCUUGUUACUCUAAAAGGAGUUCAUCCACCUGUACCAAACACAACUGCCGGGCUUGACCAAGCCAUAGUCCUAGGCUCAGCGCAUCCACUUCCGGAAUACGGCACAGAUAACUAUCUCACAUUUGUAUCCGCGGCUACGCCAAUUCCAGGGCAGAAAAGCAAACUUAUUUUAACAAGGACUAAGUCUUCAAGUGAAAGGCAGCCAAUAGCUACUAUAGAAGUUGACAAGGCGUCGUACAUGCAUUCCUUUGCGGUUACAGAACAUUAUGCUGUAUUGUUUGCUGUUCCGUUUUACGUGAAUCCACUCGGCAUGCUGAAAGACUUCAGACCCCUGGAUGCUUUUGAAUGGAUAAGUACAGACGUUACAAAAUUAUAUGCAAUCAAUUUGAAAACUGGGCAAGUAAAAACACUCAAAACAGAGAACAUGUUCUUUCUCCAUGUCGUCAACGCUUAUGAAUCGGAUUUAUUCAGUAAUGAAGUAAUUAUAGACGUUUGCACAUUCAAAGACACUGGAGGUCUACAUCAGAUGGAAAUGAGCAGUCUCCAUGACCCCGUUAAAAGAGCUAAUUCUUCAAUACCAAUUCUGAAAAGGUACACACUUGAUCUUGAGAGCGGUGAAGUUAACGUACAUAUAUUCGAAUCUGGUAAUGCAUCCAUGGCUUUUGUCAAUGCUUUCGACUUCCCAACUAUAAACGAGAACUAUAGGUCUAAGAAAUAUUGUUAUUCGUACGGCAUUGCGUAUAACUAUGACCAUAAAGAUUUUCUUCAUAUGGCAAUUGUUAAAAAAGACUUCUGUUCUGGAAAUGACAAGACGUAUACACAAGCUGGAGAAUACUUGGCCGAACCCUAUUUCAUACCUGCACCGGGAGGAAGUCGAGAGGAUGAUGGGAUAUUAGUUCUACCGGUCCUUGAUAUGACCACGAAAAGCACCAACUUUACUAUCUUCAAUGCUACCGAUCUGACACCAAUGAAUUCGGCAAAACUACCACAUAAUCUUCCCUUCGGUACACACGGGCGCUUCUUCGAUUACAUAAUCUAGCAUUAUGAACUGCCAUGCACUGCUACCUUUUGAUUACUAUUCAUACUAGU